CUUCCGCCCUCCCUCAGCCGCCGUCAACGGCUCGCUGUCACGAAAACAUUGAACAACCAGUGGCAAGAACUGCCACCUCCUGUUGUUUGGGACCCGCUGCUGCCUUGGCGGCCUGUCACCAUCAGCAGCGGCGUCAGGCCUGGGCCGGGUGGCCUCACCGCGGGAUGCGCAUUGGUGAAGCCCAGAAUCCGGGACCCCCUCUCCCUAGCACACCUGCUGGGCGGGAAAGGUCUCCUGCGCGACAGCCGCAAGCUCAACGGGUGUUUUGCCCGGUUCCAGCAUGUCCUUGCUCUGACCCAGCUCGGGCCCGGGGGCUGGGCCACAGUCGCAACGAUGAAGUCCCACAUCGAUGCACACCUUGCCGGCUCCUUGCAAGGGGAUGUGCCCACUGCCUGGCUCCAUUCCCACAACCGCACUCGGUGUCUCGUUUGCGGUCUCAGUGUUUCCCAAGCUCCCGGGGUCCACCCCACUUGCCGGCCGGAGGCUCGGGCCGCUGCAGUUGACGCUGCCAUCCCAAUGGACACUGACGGCUUGCAACUCCCAUUCCUUUCAGCCAUUCAAGCUGCCAAGACUGCCACCAUCCGGCACGUCCCCAGUGCCGCACGCCAUGCGUGGGCCCAGGUCUUGACUCGGGCCUUGGCUGCGGCCGCCCAUCGCAAUGAUGACAAAGCUUGGCGUGAGCUUUGCAUGCUCCCCAAGCAACAUCGAAAAGCCACUGCUGCAUGCACCUUGGACCGCUUGCAUCGAUGGCAGGAGGGGGAAAGGCUAUCCCUUUGGGAAUCCCGCACUGCUUUAAAGCGGGGGCCUGGCUUGCUUGAGCUUGAACAACGAAAGGCUCUGGCCAUUGGCUUGGCCCGUGAGGGCUUCGACCGCAAGGCUUGCGCAGCUCUUCUCUCCAAAGGGCUGUGCCCACCAACCGCCGCAACUGCUGAGGCCUUGCGAGCCCUUCAUCCACAACAGCCUCCUCCCACGGCGGUUGUCAUGAAUGAUCUCCCUGUCGCGCCAGAGAUUGCGCCAGAAGCCGUCGCGCGAUGCCUCCGGGCUUUUCCCCCUGAAACUGCGCCCGGGCCUAGUGGGCUCCGCGUUCAGCACCUGAAGGAUGCUAAUGUGGCCGGUGGCAGUGAUGCUUUCCUCUCCCAGCUCACUGCUGUUGUGAACCUGCUGGCUCAAGGAAGAGCCCCAGAAUUCCUGGCCCCAGUCCUGGCGGGCGCUGGGCUUGUAGCCCUCCCAAAACCUCAAGGCGGGGUUCGGCCAAUAGCCGUAGGGGAGAUUCUGCAUCGACUGACCGGCAAGUGCCUCAUGGGCAUCGUGCGGAAUGAUGCCCAGUCCUUUUUCUGGCCUGCCCAAGUUGGCGUCCUGAAAAAGCAAUUCACACGGUGCGCGCCUGGCACCGGAGACACCAGACCUCAUCGGACAAGGUGGCCCUCAAGCUUGACUUCGCCAAUGCCUUCAACACGGUCCGCCGCGAUGCCGUCCUUUCUGCCAUCCGGGACCCUUUUCCAGCCCUGGCACGGUGGGCAACUUGGUGCUACCAGCGGCCGACCCGGCUACAAUUUGAUGAAUGGGUUGUUGAAUCUUGCGCUGGCGUUCAACAAGGACCUUCGCAAUGCAGGGCUAGACAUUGCUGUGCACUACCACUGGCUGGCUCGCAACAUCCAUGCCGUCAGUGCUGCCCUUCGGCUGGUUGUUGAAGCGCGGGCCGCUACCAUUGGGCUCCGCCUCAAUCUUGCCAAAUCUGAGCUGAUUGCUGUUGGUCGCUUGGACAUCGCGGCCCUCCAUUGCCAUUUUCCUGAUGCAUUGAUAGCUUUAUCCAUCUUUAUCCACUCCCACACAGUGGAACGGGCCGCCAAAGCCAGCGACUUGCUUGACGCUUUGGGUGAGCUGGAAGACCCCCAAGUUGGAUUGCGGCUUCUGCGAGCCUGCGCUGGCUUCGCACGUAUGCUCCACAGCAUGCGUUGCAACCCUGUGGUCCCACAAACUGCAGCCUUGCGCAUGUUCGACGGCAUGGUUCGUCGUAGCUUCGGGGAUUUCACCGGGCUGCACCCCAACGCUUUGCAAUGGAAACAAGCUGCUUUGGGGUUGGGCCAUGGAGGCUUAGGCCUUCGUUCCACUUCGGUUCACGCCUCUGCUGCCUUUCUGGCGUCCUGGGCAUCCGCCCUCCAGGCUGGGGCUGCGCUUGAUGCGACCUUCUGCCCCAAUGAGGCUAAGUCUUGCCCGGAAGUUGCUGCGGCCCUUGCUUGCUUCAACUCGAAACUCGAGCCUGAAGCUCACAUCACUUUGGACGCUGUUCUCUCUAGCAAGCAGCACGCCAUGUCCCAGCGGCUGGACCAUGCUGGCUGGCAGGAACAACUCGGACAUGCUAGCGUUGCUGGGCGCGCAACCCUGCUUUCAGAAGCCUCCGUAGGAGGUCGGGCUGUCCUCGCCGCUGUACCAGCGGGCCGCACCCGCCUGGAACCUGCAGCCUUUAUUUCCGAACUUCGGGCACGGCUGCAGAUCCCUGAUGCUUGGUGCCCGCUUUGUGACGGAGUUAUGGACAUCCACAACUACCAUGCCGGGAUGUGUAUGGCUGGUGGCGAACGCACUCAACGCCACUAUGCUGUCCGGGACAUUGUCUGUGCUUGGGCACACCGGGCUGGCCUCCGGCCGGAACGGGAACGACCCGGCCUGUUGCUUCCCCAAAAUCCUGAGGAUGGUCACAGUGCUCGCCGGCGCCCUGCCGAUGUUUUCUUGACCCGCUAUUUCUUGCUAGGUUUUGCCAAUUUCUCACCUUUUAGUUUCUAA